CAUAUAAAAUCAACACACAGUCUCGAUCCGAACCCUAAACCAUCAUAACUUAUCUCGUCUCUCUUUCCAACUUUCUCGCUCUAGAGAGAGACAACAAUGGCGAAUAAAAGACUUUUAGCUCUUUUUCUUUCUCUCUUCCUUUCAGUAUUAGUUCAUCAAACCCAUGCCAACAAACAGCUCCAUUCUCUUGUUCGACUCAACAAAGCCAAGCUCUCAAAAAACCCUUCUGUAAACACAAGCCAUUUCGAACACCCAAAACAUUUACAUAAAGAAAGAGUAGUUCUUCCUCAACAAGGUUUAAAAGCGAAGGAUAAGAUCGAGAAACUGCCUGGCCAACCUUACGUGAAAUUUGAUCAGUAUGGUGGCUAUGUCACCGUGAACGAAUCUGCUGGCCGAGCAUUCUACUAUUAUUUUGUUGAAGCUGAAAAAUCUAAGGAGACUUUGCCACUUCUUCUUUGGCUUAAUGGAGGGCCGGGUUGUUCGUCACUCGCCUACGGAGCAAUGCAAGAGCUCGGACCAUUUCGAGUCAAUAGCGAUGGCAAAACUCUUUACAGAAACAAAUUUUCUUGGAAUCAUGCUGCAAACGUUUUGUUUUUGGAGUCACCUGCUGGAGUAGGGUUUUCAUAUUCUAACACAUCAUCAGAUUACAAGAAAGGUGGUGAUAAAUCAACCGCAGCAGAUAACUAUGUGUUCUUGUUGAAUUGGCUAGAGAGAUUUCCCGAGUAUAAAGGAAGGGAGUUCUAUCUAUCGGGAGAGAGCUAUGCAGGACAUUAUGUGCCUCAACUCGCCCACACAAUAAUUUACCACAAUUUGAUCGCAAACAAAACCCUUAUCAAUCUUAAAGGGAUCCUCAUUGGAAACGCAGUGAUCAAUGAUGAGACAGAUACAAUAGGGAUGUAUGAUUACUUCGGAUCACAUGCCAUAAUUUCCGAUGAGACUGCUUCCAUAAUCCGAAAUGAUUGUAACUUUUCACCAAAUGCAAUCACACAACCAGAUACAUGCAUUGACGCUACAAAUGAUGCUGAUUAUAACAUUGAAGCUCUUGACAUCUACAACAUCUAUGCACCUUUAUGCUUUGAUGGAAACCUUACUAGAAAACCAAAGAAGACCUCGUGGAAGAAUAUUGAUCCUUGUAGUGACUACUACACUUAUGCUUACAUGAAUCGUCAAGAUGUUCAGAAGGCUAUCCAUGCCAAUGUAACGAAACUCAAUCAUGAUUGGGAACCAUGCAGUGAAAUCCUUAAAGGUUGGGUAGAUAGCGCCACAACAGUUAUUCCACUCCUUAGGGAAUUCAUGAAGUUUAAGCUCCGCGUUUGGGUAUUCAGCGGAGAUACCGAUGCGAGGGUACCAAUUACCUCAACCAAGUACUCCAUUAAUUCCAUGAAGCUUUCUAUAAAAACCAAAUGGCAUCCAUGGUUUCAUCAAGGAGAGGCUGCUGGAUUUGUACAAGUUUACAAAGGAGAUCUAACAUUAGCGACAGUUCUAGGGGCUGGUCACCAGGUGCCAAGCUACCAACCAAAGAGGGCUCUUGCACUCAUUAAGCACUUUUUGUCAGGAAAGCCACUAAGGGAUUCUUCAAAACGUUGAUAUGAUUCAAUACAUCUUGAUAAAUUAUUCUUUCACAAAAUCUGCAGAUGUUUUCUCUUGAUUAAUUGUAAUUAGGCCAAUUUAAUUGUUGUUUAUUGGUGAUAUAAGUCGUUUUUCAUUGAUUUUCCAGCCACCACAAACAAAUAAUAUGUUUAGAAGUUUGGAAUCUGAUGAAUUGUCUCGUAAUUGAGGAUUAAAUUAAUUUGUGAAUUAAUCGAUAGAUAUAAAUCCGAAUCUCAA